UUUCCGAGAAAAGUAAGGGCGAAAAGUACAGUAACGAAGCCUUUCGAUUUUAUGAAGAGAAAUGGAAAAGAAAGAAGGAAGGAAUGUCAGAGCACCACAGAAUCGACAUUCUCAGUAACCUUGUAAAAAUUGCUACAUCACAGAUGAAAGAGAGGAAGAAACAGAAGUAUGAGAGUUUGUUAAAGGGAGCCAAACAGAGCGGAACUUUGAUGGGAACCGUGAAAGGAUUUCUUUCUCAUGGAGCAAAAGAAGCUGAACAGCUGUUCAAUGAGGACGAUGACGGUGACAACGAAGUUGACAUUCCUUCCGAUGAUGAUGAUGAUGAUCACGAUAGUUCCCAUGGUAGCGAAGAGAUUCCAGAGGCUGGUCAGCAAGUGCAACAACUAGCAAUUCAAGAAGAAGAUGACGAAGAGUUAAAAAGUGAGCAGGAACAAGAUCCAGAUAGGAUAAAGAUACACGAGUAAGUGGAAAUGAAUGAGUCGCUUGCGUUUGCG